CCGCCCCGACUCCACCCCGCACGCGGCGGAGCGCCUGGUCUCGCGUUCUCGGGGGUGUGCCGCAACGAUGGGGACGGCGGCGGGCGGUAAGGCGUACUUCCAGAGGGGCAGUCUGUUCUGGUUCACCGUCAUCACCCUCUCCUUCGGGUAUUACACGUGGGCUGUCUUCUGGCCUCAGAGUAUCCCUUAUCAGAGCCUCGGGCCCCUGGGCCUCUUCACUCAGUACUUGGUGGACCACCAUCACAGCCUCCUGCACAGUGGGUACUGGCUUGCCUGGCUGAUUCAUGUGGGAGAGUCCUUGUACGCCAUGGUUUUGUGCAAGUCUAAAGGCAUCACGGAUGGUCGGGCUCAACUACUGUGGUUCCUGCAGACUUUCCUCUUUGGGAUAGCAUCUCUCUCCAUUUUGAUAGCUUACAGACCAAAACGCCAAAAACAAACUUAAAGAAGAUAUCCAAAAGCUUUCUCUAUACUUUCGACAUUCAACUUCACUGUUUUGGAGGUGGGGGUAUGUGGGGGGAUGCUGAGUUUACUUGAUCGUUGUACUUUCCAGAAAUUGAAAACCCUCUAAUUAUUCAUUAUUCUUUUAUACACUUUGGUUGAGCUUGACUAGAUAAUAGGAGAGGAUUUAAGCUUUCCAGUUCUGCAGACUAACCUAUUUGGCCGAGGGCUUCCAGCUCCCUUCCUGAGGUCCUUGGCCGUGUUGGUGCUCUUUCUAUCAUCUGGUUUAAGCUGUGUACUAAAAUUGCUCGUUGGCAUAACUUUGCUCCCACCUUCUGACGAAAACACCAUACCCUUACCACCCCGUCUUAGCUCUCCUUUCCCCAAAUUUUUUCCACCUUUCUGAACCAAGACAGAGUGAUGUUUCCAUAACACAUCAAUUCCACAUACACUAGGCACCGGGGAAGCAGGAUCUUAUCCUCUCAAACUUGCAUUUCUCACACACCAAGAAAGAUAAGGAAGUUAAGCAAGUGUCUGGAAUGGGCCAGGCCGAGCAGUGACCUAGAGGCACAGGGGACAUGCUGAGUAACAAGAGGAGAGGUCGGGGAAUGCCUUCCCUGAUUGGACCAGCCAGAGCCAUCCUUCCCUCCACGCGGCCCUGAGGACACGGUGCUCCGUGAUGUGCAGCGGUCUGAUGGCCACUGCUAGAUGGUCAGGAUCACAUCUUAGCUUGAUUUUUUUUUCCCAGCACCUGUCCCAUUGCCUUGCACACACGUGUUCUAUCAGUGUUUUCUGAACCACAGACCAAAACUGAAUUAACUUUCCAUUUGUUCAGUAUCAUUCCAGUUGUCAUCUGAAAACUGCAGAACCCACUCAGUGUAUUCUCAAAGAAAAGCACAGGACUGCCCUUGACUGGUGGUGCCUCCUUUCUGUGAGUCCCUGGUAGGAAACCCAUGUCUUUUUCACACUUGCCUAUUAGCCAUUUUCUCCGGACUCUAACCUCUCCCUCCAGCUCCAGCUUACUCAAACACAGACGUUCCUGAGCCAGAGAGUCUAACUGGAAGCUAGGGACUACUACUCCCACUCACCUGGUUAGACCUUUUUACUACUGACUGGUCAGCACAGGAGGGUCACUGCCUCUGUCCCCUGACCUUGACAGAAUGACUCUGUCACCUAGGAGCCAUUAGGGUCCUUUCUUGGAGGGCCACCUGCCUGCUUUCUAGGGACUAGACCUUACUUUCCUUCUAUGAGGCAGUACGACGCAUUCUCUAUUUUAAGCAAACAUUUAUGAGAGACAGCCCUUUCCCCUAAAAAAGAGACCCCCAAGUAAAACGACAACCCCUGAAAGAUUAUGGACUAUGAAUUGUUUCUGGCGGAGAUGACUUUCUACAACUAAAUCUCAGUUUUUCCAGUUUCUCUUGUCACGAAGGGGGUUGCCUUUUGGUAAAGAAAAAAAUUUUUAAUCAUCGAGUUAAACAUCCCGGAACUCCAACCCAGAUUUUUUAAAAGCAUGGUCCUCUCGAAAGAGAAAUAGCAGUGACAGUAAUAUUAACGGUGACAGCAACAGUAUGGCAGAUUAUUGAAUGAAAUGAAUUAACUUGAAUAAAUGCUGUGAAUUGUCUUCUCUAUUCAAA